CUUCUACUUCAUAUCUUCUUUUUCCCCUAAAUUUGCUGCACUUUGACGGACACACCUUCUUCAGUUGAAACACCUCCUUCUAGCCUCCUCCUCCUCCUCAUUGUGACACUUUUCCCUUCACGGAGAAGCAGACUGGAACAAGUUUUAGUGUGUCAACCAAACAAGCUCGUUAACAAGUUAGCAUAAUAACCUGACAUUUCACUUCCGUGUUGUUCUUCUUCGCUGUUGGAGGACUUAGUGUUCAUUUCUCCUCAUUCUCUUCACACCUGCACUAGCUUCUUGUUGCGGUCUUUUGACCGCACAAAGUGGACUUUUUUUUUUUUUUUUAAAGGAUUUUACCCCACUGGACGCUUUUUAAGUGUCUUUCCUUUUCAUAAAUGGACUUUGCGUGACUUUAGGAAGUUUUUAAGGUGAAAUCGUCGCCACUGUCAAAAUAAAAGCCCAACGAAGUGGAGCUGUUCCACUUUCCGCACUUUUCUGAGCAAAACAACAUAAGUAGGCGGCGGACCAUGGCGGACCGCAGUCCGGUGAGCAGACGGCGCACCGGCGGGUUCCGGCACUUGCUGCUGCUCGUCCUCCUCGCCGGAAGCCUGCAAUUGUUGGUGGACGCCAACUCGUGGUGGUCCAUGGCUCUGACCCCCAUCCAGAGGCCUGAGAUGUACAUCAUCGGAGCUCAGCCUCUCUGCAGUCAGCUGUCGGGUCUCUCCCAGGGUCAGAGGAAACUGUGCCAGCUGUACCAGGACCACAUGAUGUACAUUGGGGACGGGGCCAAGACUGGCAUCAAGGAGUGCCAGUACCAGUUCAGACAGAGAAGGUGGAACUGUAGCACGGUGGACAACACGUCCGUCUUUGGACGCGUCAUGCAAAUCGGUUCCAGAGAAACCGCCUUCACUUACGCCAUCAGUGCCGCUGGUGUGGUGAACGCCAUCAGCCGAGCGUGUCGCGAGGGCGAGCUGUCCACGUGUGGCUGCAGCCGGGCAGCGCGACCCCGUGACCUCCCCCGUGAUUGGCUGUGGGGCGGCUGCGGCGACAACGUUCACUACGGCUACCGCUUCGCCCGGGAGUUUGUGGACGCCCGCGAGAGGGAGAAGAACUUCCCACGCGUCUCACCUGAGCACUCACGGACGAUGAUGAACCUGCAGAACAACGAGGCGGGGCGGCAGGCAGUGUACAACCUCGCCAACGUGGCCUGCAAGUGUCACGGCGUCUCCGGUUCCUGCAGCCUGAAGACCUGUUGGCUCCAACUGGCCGACUUCAGGCGCGUUGGCGAAUUCCUUAAGGAAAAAUACGACAGCGCCGCCGCCAUGCGCAUCGGACGCAAGGGCAAACUGGAGCAGGUGGACAAGCGUUUCAACCCCCCAACCCCGGAGGACCUGGUCUACAUUGACCCCAGCCCGGACUACUGCCUCCACAACGAGACGACAGGCUCGCUGGGCACUCGGGGCCGCCUGUGCAACAAGACGUCAGAGGGCAUGGACGGCUGCGAGCUGAUGUGCUGCGGCCGCGGCUACGACCAGUUCAAGACGUACAAACACGAGCGCUGCCACUGCAAGUUCCACUGGUGCUGCUACGUCAAAUGCAAGCGCUGCACUUCACUGGUCGACCAGUUCGUCUGCAAAUAACCGCCAAUAUUCAUCCAUCCUUUCCUGCCUGUAAGCACCAUCCCUUCCUGCUUUCCUCAUCCAAACCCACGUUGGCUUAGCAGGUGGACCCUACAAGGACACGUGUGAAAUAUACAAGUCAACGACACAGUGAUUAUUAUUUAAAAGAGACUCACACACACACCGUCGUUAUCUCCUUCCACGAGGCUGCUCGAGUCCCCAAAGACAUAUGAUCUUUCACCCCGAAAGGUUCUGGCCUGCGGACGUGCUGAUGAUGCACAAUCGCGGCACAUCAGCAGAUGGGGGAGUCAACACCUGGAAGACUAAGAAAUACUAUGAAAAUACUACUACAAGAAAAAUACUACUACAAUGAAAGUACUAGCACAGUUAGCAUAAUGCUCUCAGCUCCAUUAUUGUCCAAUAGCGAGAGUAAUGAAGCGAAGAGACAAGUCCAGCGACUGUGAUUGGAAAUGAGUUAGUUAAGCUCCCUGAUGAAAUUAAUAUCCAAAUGAUGAAACUGACUAUGUUAAAAAAAAAGAAUGUGUGUAAGCUGGACUGCAAUUUAUUACGAGCUACUUUAAAGAGAAAGUAUAUAUUUUAUUACUGUUCAUUUUCUGUUUUAUAUGUUUUACAUAUUCUCUUGAUAAACCAGUCUUUUGGA